GCAGGCUGGUCAGUUUCAGCUGACAAUUUGUCGCACCAACACUCUGUACGAGCUCAAGUAGCGAUAAGGGUUUCCUCUAAUUCAUAGCAAUUUGAUAAAACAUAUUUUGGUGAUAAAAAUGAGACAAAUUUUCGCAUUUCUAGCGUUAUUGCUAGCUCUGGUUCAGAUUUCCGGUGGCACUCUGACGCCAUCGGAUGUCAAGGGGAAAGGUAAGAAGGUGAAGGAGCUGAAAGUGAAGCAAGGACCGCAACCGUCCAGUGUCUUUGAUCGGGGUCUAAUUCAGGAGGAACCAUCCGCCAAGGAUAUCCUGGUGGAGAGUGGUGCAUAUUACGAGGAGACGGCACUGAAAAACUUCAAGGGGACGGUGUUGGGGUAUGUCACACCGUGGAAUAAUCACGGAUAUGACGUGGCCAAAAUUUGGGGAGGUAAAUUCAACUAUGUUUCACCGGUCUGGUUGCAAGUAUUGCGGAAAGGACCAAAGCAAUACGAGCUGGGUGGAGCGCACGAUAUCGAUGCCGGCUGGGUGAAAGAUGUAAAGAAGGCAGGAGAGGCGAUCAAUAACAAAGUCGUUCCCCGCGUCCUGUUCGACAAAUUUACCGACAAGGAUUUCUCCCAGCUGCUGACCUACAGCGAGGAGCGUACGAUCGCAGCCAAGCUGAUCCUCAACACGGUCCGAAAGUACAAAUUUGACGGAAUCGUCCUGGAGGUGUGGUCCCAGCUGGCAGCGCGAGUCGACGACGAAUACCUGGUCGGGCUGGUCAAGGAGAUCUGCGAAACCCUGACGGGGGCUAACUUUGCUUGCAUUUUGGUUAUUCCUCCGGCACGGAAGGAAACCUACGAUCUGUUCUCCCGGCGCCAUUUUGAAUCGCUGGUUCCGGUGGUAACGGCCUUUUCGUUGAUGACCUACGAUUACUCGAGCAUCCAGCGGCCGGGUGCUUGUGCUCCGCUGUAUUGGGUGAAGAACGCCGUGCAGCACAUUUGUCCGGAUACGGCGGAGGACGUGAAGGAGAAACGGGCGAAGAUUCUGUUGGGGUUGAAUCUGUAUGGAAGCGAUUACACUCCCAACGGUGGACAGCCGAUCGUGAGCCAUGAGUAUUUGGCCUUGCUCAAACAUUUGAAGGGUCACCUGACAUUCGAUGACCACGAUGUGGAGAAUUUCUUUGAAGUGAAAACUUCCAAUGGACGGCAUAUGGUAUUCUACCCGACGUUGUUUUCCAUCAACGAACGACUCAAAUUGGCCAAGGACCUCGGCACAGGAAUUUCCCUGUGGGAAUUGGGGCAAGGGUUGGACUACUUCUAUGAUCUUUUCUAGUCAAGUUGAAUAAUUUUAUACCUACUAAUAACGAAGAAAAA